UCUCCUCUCUCUCUCUCUCUCUCUCUCUCAUCAAUGGCUUCUUCUUGUUCUUCUUCCAUUAUUAUCUUCCUCUUUCUCUGCUCAAUCUCUACUGUGAUCUCCUCUGAUGUGGCCACUCUCUUAGGAAAGAUAAAGCCAGCUCUCUCCACAUCAACUAACCUCGAGCUCUCCUCAUGGAACUCCUCUCUCCCUCUCUGCAAAUGGAGAGGCCUUCAAUGGGCUUUCUCCAAUGGCUCUCUCCUCUCCUGCGCCCAAAGCCCGUCUCUACUCUCUAACCUUUCUCUUUACAAAGACCCAUCUCUCCAACUUGUCUCGAUCCAUCUCCCUGCUUCAGCUCUCUCUGGUUCAAUCCCCAAAGAGAUUGGGGAGCUCUCCUCGUUGCAGUCCUUGCUUCUGGGCGUCAAUAACUUGACUGGAGUUAUUCCUUUGGAGCUUGGAAACUGUCCUGAGCUCGCUGAGCUUGAUUUGGGGGGCAAUUUCUUUGAUGGGUCGAUCCCAGUUUCGAUCUGGAACCUGUGCGGAAAGCUUCAAACCCUCAGCUUUCAUGGAAAUAAGCUCUCUGGUUCGGUUCCGGAGCCUGCAGUGCCCAAUCCGAGCUGCACGAAUCUUAAAGCUCUGGAUUUGGCUGAUAACCAGCUUGAAGGAGAGUUCCCUCUGUUUGUUACCAGGUUCAGUGGAUUGCAGGAGCUUGAUCUCAGCUCAAAUCGGUUAUCCGGAUCGAUACCGGAUUCGAUACUGAAGCUGAACAAUUUACAAAGGCUGAAUCUUUCUUACAAUAACUUCAGUGGGGUUGUUCCGCCGUUGAGUAAAUUUGGAGCAGAGUCUUUACAAGGGAAUAACCCUAGUCUAUGUGGAUCCCCAUUGAAGCAAUGUGGAUCAAAUUCAAGGCUAAGUUCUGGUGCGAUUGCAGGUAUUAUUAUCGGUUUAAUGGUCGGUGUCGUAGUUUUGGCUUCGGUUUUGAUCGGAUGGUAUCAAGGGAGAAAGAGGAAGAAUGUGAGUAAAAGAAUUGAAGAGGAUGAGAUGGAGAUUGAAGAGGGCGAUGGAGGCGAAGGAAAGCUAAUGGUUUUUCAGGGGGGAGAGCAUUUGACACUUGAGGAUGUGCUCAAUGCAACUGGCCAAGUAUUGGAGAAGACUAGUUAUGGGACUGUGUACAAGGCUAAGCUGAAUGAUGGAGGUACUAUUGCUUUGAGGUUGUUGAGAGAAGGGAGUAGCAUGGAUUUAGCUUCUUGUUUGCCUGUGGUUCGAUAUCUUGGUAGAGCUCGUCAUGAGAAUGUUGUUCCUUUGAGAGCUUUUUAUCAGGGGAAGAGAGGGGAGAAGCUUUUGAUCUAUGAUUACCUUCACAAUAGAAGCCUUCAUGAUCUUCUCCAUGAAUCAAGAGCAGGGAGGCCAAUGCUAAACUGGCCAAGACGCCACAAAAUAGCUCUAGGCAUAGCAAGAGGCCUAGCCUACCUCCACACUGGCCAAGAAAACCCUAUAACUCAUGGAAACAUCCGAUCCAAAAACGUUUUAGUCGAUGAAUUCUUCGUGUCAAGAGUAACCGAGUAUGGCCUUGACAAAAUAAUGGUCCCCUCAGUCGCUGAUGAAAUGAUCACCAUCUCAAAAUUAGACGGCUACAAAGCGCCUGAGCUCCAAAAGAUGAAGAAAUGCAACUCAAGAACCGAUGUCUAUUCAUUUGGGAUACUUUUGUUAGAGAUUCUAAUGGGGAAAAAGCCUGGGAAGGGGAAUGAAGGUUCGGAUUUGCCUGCAUUGGUGAAAGUUGCGGUCUUGGAGGAGACUACAAUGGAGGUGUUUGAUGAUGAGUUGUUGAGAGGGAUUAGGAGUCCGACUGAAGAUGGUUUGGUUCAAGCUUUGAAAUUGGCAAUGGGGUGUUGUGCUCCGACGCCUGAGGUGAGACCGGACAUGAGAGAGAUUGUGAAGCAGUUGGAGGAGAACAGGCCUAGAAAUAGAUCGGCAUUGUAUAGUCCUACUGAUAGAAGUGAGAUUGGGACUCCAUUCUGAAAAAAAACAAUCUUCUUCACAAAGGAAACUUGAGGUUCACGUUAGCUUAGAUAAGAGGAUUUGGUCAGCAGCUGAUCAUAUCUUUUUGUGUUGGUUCUCAAUAGGGGAUAUGUGGAUGUACAUGAGAUUGAAGGGUGAUCGACUUUGAGCCUAAUUUUAUGCUAUUUAUUACCAGAUGCCGAGUGUAAGCUUAUAUGUACUGAUUAAGCCUGUUUUUUGUUGUUAUAUCCUACUGAUCAGUUGUAAUAGGAAUUUUUGCCAUGGAUUGAGAAAGCAACUUCACUGUGAUUUUAUUGAGAAAUUUGUUAAGGUUUAUCAA